GAUAGGCCGGGGUUUGCGACACACUACAGCGGCGUGGUGCGUGUGCAAAACGGCCUUGUCGAAUGGCGUUUAAAGAGAAACCAAUCCUGACGUGUUGUAUGUUUAUUUGGCUUACCUUUAUUAAAAUUAGUGGUUUUGUGGUACUUAAUGAGGAAAAACGUCUUGAUUCAGCGGGCUCUUUUGAUAAGAAUGCACGCACAAGAGAGUCAUUUGAUCGAGGGGACCAGAAGCCGAAAUCUGGAGCACAGGUUGGGCGUCUUCUCAUUUGGCAAGACCAAGCUUCAAAAUCACAUGGUGGUGGUGGUGGUGGUAGAGUCAGGUUUUCUUCGGACUUCAGUUCUUGCAGUCAACCCCAUGAGAAUGCAAACCAGUCAGAUGAUUCAGGCUGGAUGAAGUUGCAACCUCUUUGGGAACAGGUUUAUGGUCUAAACACCCGGUUUACUCCAACAGUGGAAAGGCUACUUGGAAUGAAACCCAAGGUGGAUUGUGAUGGAGAUGUGAUGAAAUUGACAGUUCAUGGACGAGAGGCUCCUUUUGGGUCCAACUUUCUUAUUGAUCGAGGAAGCAUCCCACCGCUUCCAUUGGCACAGUUGCCCUCAGAAUGUGGCCAUAUAUUUUUGAGAACAUGGAAAGACUUUGUUUUCGUUGUACCAUAUAAUGGAUGUUACGUAUCACAAGAGAGAGACACUUUUGUUCUUCCUUUACUUUGGUGGGGAUUGCCUGUGAAAAUGUCUUGUUCCUCACUGACCUCGGCAGAAAGUAAGCCAAUGGUCUCCUGCUACAGUGAUGGCAUGAUUGUGAGGCUGCAUAGAGGAGUUUCCGAGAACCUAAAGAUCAAAGUAAUGAAUGAAUGGCAGCCUCUUCUGAAAGUGUCGGCUAGAUGUGGAUACAGCUUGGUGUCACAUCCAGAAGGUGUGGUCAUCCAUGCCCCAUAUAUGCCAUGCACGGAGCCAAAGGAUGGGGUGUUCACUCUCAGCAUGGCAAUGGAGAGCGAGUUUAAUCUGUCCUGCCCAGCACUGUCGCUUGGUCUUCCUAUGAGUGCACCUGAUCUUGUACGUGAAAGUGAAUGCAUUUCUGUACCUCAUGCUCUGAUUUCAACAACACUCCCUCCCACACUGUCGCUUGGUCUUCCUAUGAGUGCACCUGAUCUUCAGUCUUUCCUCAAGUCUCCUACCUGCCUCAUCACUCCCAAACCCAACAAAGACCCUCUGAACCACAUUUUCCACCAAAACCAAUGUCUAAAGCACCUAUACCUGCCCCUACGAGAAAGACAGGACCGCAGCUCCUCCACUCUCCACUCCUCUCCUUCCUGCCACAUCGUUCAGAAAUGCCACCCGUUCUUACAAAAGUUCCGCAGAGCUAUGGGUUAUAAGUAUGGCCCACUUUCCUCAAAACGUACAGCUGUACCACCAGCAUCCGAUUAUACAGCAAUGCAAUAUUUGGUGGAGAAUCCCCUAAUUAAGGAUACCGAUGCCCCUGACUCUCUCGCCCAGAUGCCAUUACCUCACCCAUCCAAUAAUCACAAUCCAUUUGAGCCGUCAAAUCAGUCGCCUCAACCAGAGCGAAGUGGUGGCAAGAACCCUCCACUGCUGCUGAAUUUUCAUCCCUUUAUGCAGAUUCACAACUCUGUGCCAGUAAUGAGCCCUCAGCUGUAUUUCCCUCCAAAUGGAGAAUCUGUGGUUCCUGUGUUUAGGAGCCCAAAAUUAUUUGAGACGCACUGGGUUCCUGCUGUUCAAUCGAACAAGGAUGCAUCCACUGCACACUGA